AUGACGGAUCUCGGUAAAGUUGAAUCUUUUCUAGGUAUCAAAGUUAGAAGAGACAGGGAGAGGCAGGUCUUAACCUUGACUCAGACUGAUUAUAUGGAUAAAAUUUUGGCUAAAUUUGGAUUCGAAACUUCAAAACCCGUGAAAACGCCCAUGGUCACUGGACAUGUGUUGAAUCACCAACAUCAGAUAAAUCCAACUGAUAAAGAUUGGAACAUGGUCAAAAGAGUGUUCCGAUACUUGGCAGGUACUAAGUCUCUUGGUCUAAGGUUUUUAGGAAGGCAGGAUAACUUAGAAGCCUUUUCGGAUGCCAGUUUUGGUGAUUGCAAGGGCUCGCUGACUACGAGCGGGUAUGUCAUCAAACUCUUCGGGGAUUCUGUAGCCUGGAGAACUCACAAGCAGACUUACGUAGCAUUGUCAACAUAUCAGGCUGAAUACGUGGCACCAAGUGAAGCAUGUAGAGAAUUGAUGGCAGUAGACAAUUCCCUCAAAAUCAUCCUAAGCAAGACUUGUUUUCCAGCUGAUCUUUGGUGUGAUAAUAAGGCAGUGAAAUUAAAUUUUAAAAUAAGUGGAAGCGGGAAAUUGAGACACAUGACAGAAAUUCACGAACAUCAUAUCAGAGAAUGUGUGACUUAUGGCAGAGUAACUGUAAGGUUUGACAUAAUUAAAAAACUUGGUCAAGGUACUUAUGGCAAGGUUCAGUUGGGAAUAAACAAGGAAACAGGACAAGAAGUCGCCAUUAAAACCAUUAAAAAAUGUAAAAUUGAAACAGAAGCCGAUUUAAUCCGCAUCCGAAGAGAGAUACAAAUUAUGUCCAGCGUAGAACAUCCAAAUAUUAUUCACAUUUACGAAGUUUUUGAAAACAAGGAAAAAAUGGUCUUAGUAAUGGAAUAUGCAGCUGGUGGAGAGCUAUAUGAUUAUCUUAGUGAGCACAAGAUUUUACCGGAAGAUGAAGCUCGGCGUAUAUUUCGUCAGAUUUGUACUGCAGUAUAUUACUGUCAUAAGCACAAAAUAUGUCAUAGAGAUCUCAAACUUGAAAAUGUGCUAUUGGAUCAAAUGGGAAAUGCUAAAAUAGCUGAUUUUGGCCUGUCAAAUGUAUUUGACAGUCAAAUACUCCUUCAUACUUUUUGUGGCAGUCCAUUAUAUGCUAGUCCAGAAAUCGUCAAAGGAACGCCAUAUAAUGGACCAGAAGUUGAUUGCUGGAGUCUUGGAGUGCUGCUAUACACCCUUGUUUAUGGUGCCAUGCCUUUCGAUGGCUCAAAUUUUAAAAGAUUAGUUAAGCAAAUUUGUGAGUCUGAUUACUUUGAGCCAAAAAAAAUAUCGUCAGCUUCAACUUUAAUAAGAGAGAUGCUGACAGUAUGUCCAGUACAAAGAGCGAAUAUUAAGAAGAUUUGCUCUCAUUGGUGGAUUAAUAAAGGUUAUGAACAGAGUUGCUCUGAAUUCGCUGAAGAAUUAGCUAAAAAAAUGCCAGGACGAUUGGACCUCUUACUUUCAUUAGUGACUAAAUCUACAAAUGCUGAGAAGUUUGAGGUAGGAAGCCAUCAGACAUCUUCAAAUUCACCAUCGGUUACCAAACUAACAGAAGAUCUAUCUUUUAAGACCCUUCUGCCAAUGAGAUGCCAUUCCGUUGGUAAUGUAAUAGAACUAGACACAAGUUUAGUUGGAAAAAAAAAAAAAGGAGAAUUCAUCGAUGUGCCAUCAACAUAUGAUUCAACUAUAUUGACCUCUGAAAAAAGAGGACUUGUGAAUGAAGGGGAAAGUACCGCUCAUCAAAAUCUAAUUGAGAAACUUUCUUUGACCAAUGACAUGGAUAAGAAAGAAAACCACCAGGAUGUAGUAGAAAAACAAAGCAGUAGGAAAUGCAAAGAUUCUUGUCACGAGGACAAUUAUAAUACAAAAAAUAGUAACAACCAUAACAACAACAGAGGAGGCUCUAACAACAAUAAUCCAACACAACUGAGGGUUCCAGAAGAAAAUAGUCUAUUCCAAUGCCGAAAUAGUCUUUCUUAUAUACAAACGAAAAAAAAUAGAUCAAAUACAGUCAAUACACCUAUUAAAGAAGCUAAAAAGUUAAAAGCUAGUGCUCUUUCACUUGAAUCUGAUAUGUCUCCAAGUAAAUCACGAACAAAAAGUCUAUCUGAGCGUCGAAAAUCAAAAAUAUUUGAAACAACUGAAAAAUUCAAACAAAUAUCUUCUCCUGUAGAACAAGAAAAACCAAAAAUUUUCAUCCCGGGUGUCAAUGUUGGAGGAGCAAAACUAGUAUUUGAAAAAAAAGCAAGUAUAUCUCCUACUACAUUGCCACAAACUUUUAAGGUUCCAGUGUCUAGAGUAAUUAUUGAUGUACCUGCAACAGACAAAAACAAUCAAAAUAAAAAAACAUUUGAAAAAGACUACGGUGGUGGAGACAAAUGUAUAAAUCAUGACGAAGAAAAAAAAAAAGCUCUUGAUAUUAUUACUGGUGCAUUAUGUAAGCCACCUGUACAAAAAAAGUUAAAGGGAUGUAUAUCAAUUGUCUCCAUUGAUUCCAAAAAGCAACUACCAGAAGAUACCCUGAUGCCCCGUAAAUCAGAUGAUAAAUUAUCUACAGUAUUAACAUCUAUAAGUUUUCAAGCUCAUUCUGAUAUACACUCAAAUCUUGGCAAUGAAAAUGUCAAACAAACACCCGAUGUACUAUGUAAUCAAGGAUCUGCAAGUAAUGAUGAAACGAAGUGUAGUAAAGUAGAAAUAAUAUUAAAAAGUGCUACUUUACCUCGACUUCGUAAGACUUCCAAAGCCAAAAUAACACUUUUAGAUCGAAGUCCAAUAGAAACAAUUGCUUCAUCAGAAAUCUUAAGAAGAGUUGAAAUAAAUAGGCCACGCCAAUUGAAAUGUCAGAGUUUGGGGAACUCGUUUUUAGUAUCACCUACAUCAUACAAAACUUACCGUAGCUGUAGUCUAGAUUCAAGAAGCCCAAUCAUUCCUGACUAUCUUAAAGAACGAAUAAUACCAAUUCAAAUAGAGCAAUCAUUACAGUCAAAUGCACGUUCAAAAGUUCUUCCAUCUCGAAUGAUAUCACAACAACGUUCUCUAUCACAACGCAUGGACUCGUUUUUCCGGCGUUCGACUGCUGAUGCUGCAAGCAAUACAUUAAGCUCAGUAUCGGAUUGUCAACCAAUAUAUAAGGUUCAAGAGGAGUACAUUAUACCUAUUUCCGUAGAGGAGGGUGGAUACUUAACUCAUGAAUUUGGUAGCGUACAGCAAAGUUACGUAAAUAGAACAAUCACUGACAAGAGACCGAUAAAAUCAAAAUUUUACAAUGUCCAAAGAUUAGGACCACUUCUAUCUGAUGCCAGUGACGAUGAUUUGCCAUUGCCUCUGAUUCAUAGGGAUAACGAAGAUUUGGUGCCAAGGAACAUGCACCAAUUAAGAAGUACACGGCUGUCCCGGCAAUCAUUAGAUCACGCUGAUAGUCUUACGUCAGAUGAAGAUGACGAUGAUGAUGGUUUUGAGUUACUCACAGCAGAAAAUUUAUUUUCAACGUUACUUUCACGAGUUCGGAGCCUUACUCAGAGACUUAAUGUAGACGAUAAAAAAAUUUGCAACUUUCCUAGUAAAAGAUUGCUUACCAGAUUCGAUGCAAAUUUAUCUUCAGAAUUUUAAAUGGCUCAUGAAAGUGAACCUAGUUGUACCAAAAUAAAUUUUUGA